GUACGUAUAGGAUCGGUAUCGUCCAAUGAUAGUGGACUCUGUUCUUAUGCCCAACAUGAUACAAGCUCUUCAUCAUCUGUCUAUACGGCGGCCGAUUGUCGUUUAUUACAACAGAUUUCCAAUACGGCUGCAACACGCAAUAUAAAUACUCAAUGUAGUCAAAGAGCUUUAUCACCACAUACCUUACACCCAGCAACAACAACAGUUACACAAACUGCAAAUAGUAUGAAUGCACUACCACUGCCACAAACACAAUCACAACAACAGCAACAAUUACCACCACCAACAUUGACCCCUCCACCUUACUUAAUGCGUGGUCAAAAUUUACAAAUGUUUAUGACAAACGGUGGCAAUAAUGCUGUUAAUGGUGGAACACAUGCACCACCGCCACAACUUCUACAUAAUAGACCGUUGUCGCCACCAUUACAGCAGCCAAAUAUGCCACCUCCAUAUGCCACAGCGGCCGCUAUGUUACAUCAUAAUCAUAGACAUUCCAAUAUGCAUGGUGCUGCUGGUUGCCCCAUAUGUCCUAUGCCACCACCGAUGAACCAAUAAAUAAAACCAAUAACAAUUUUUUAUAUAUAAAAUGAAUAU